GCGCACUCAUCCACUGUGGUUUGUCCUCUGCAGUCGGUAAGUCUAUGAUGGCAGAUUGAAUGAGAAGCCUUUAUCUACAAAUCCCUUUUCAUCCUCGUGCUUAACUCCACUUUGUAGCGCACAAAGACACCCGGGCUUUAACCAGAUUUGACCAAAGCGGUUGAAACUACCUACAAUAGAAAAUGUACGCCUGUGCAAAGUUCGUCUCCACGCCGGCUAUGAUCCGUGCUGGUUCCCGGGUUCUUUACAGACCCCUCUCUGCCUCUGUGCUGUCCAGGCCUGAGCUCAAAACAGAGAGCACUGUUGCUGUGAUGCCACAGAGCCCCCUUACCCAGGUCACACUGAGGGGCUUCCAGACCAGCGCUGUCAGCCGGGACAUUGACACCGCUGCCAAGUUCAUCGGGGCUGGAGCUGCCACAGUCGGAGUGGCUGGAUCCGGAGCUGGAAUUGGGACUGUGUUCGGCAGUCUUAUUAUCGGCUAUGCUAGGAACCCAUCUCUGAAGCAGCAGCUAUUCUCAUAUGCCAUCCUGGGAUUUGCUCUGUCUGAAGCCAUGGGACUGUUCUGUUUGAUGGUCGCUUUCCUUAUUCUGUUUGCUAUGUAAAACUCUGCUGUCAAACAACAAUUUCAUUACAGAUGUGACUACAUAUUUUAUUGUGGCUACCAAAAUUGUUCCGUGUUGGUGUCAUGGAAAUGUACAUUUUCAAGUCUUUCAGACACUGUCGAAAUAAGCAAAGCAUGUAUUGUACAAAUGUAAGAAAUUACGUCAUUAAAAUACAUGUAUUUGACUAUUUAA